AUGCGUGCAUCGUAUCUGCUCACCAUCCUGCUCGUGAUCGCUGCGGUUGCGUGGGCCGAGACGACCCAAACGACCUCGCCGCCGCGCGUCCGUCGUGCGUGGAGCCAAUAUUCGCGCGUCGAGAAGGACACAUACAUCUCUGCCGUGGCGCUGGCGAUGCAGAAGGGCCUCCACCACCGCUUCAUGGAGGUCCACAUGGAGCCGUCCUCGGAGCGCGAAGCCCACAGCUGCCUCUUCUUCUACUGGCACCGCGCGUACUUGCUUGCGUACGAGAACAUGCUGCGGUCGCUCGGUCCACAGUAUUCCGGCGUAACCCUUCCGUUCUGGGACUACGCCACGAUCGGCGCCAACUUCAUCGCGGGCAGUUGCAAGAACAUGCUCAGCUGCGGUAGCCUUCUCCAGGACUUUGGCGGGUCUCUUCCACGAGGGCCAGCGGGUAUCAUGACGUACAAGGUCAAUGGCGAGGUUAUCCAGUCCGACAACUGCAUCAAGUCGAAUCUGACGUCCAGUUUUUGCCAAAGCACGUCGGCAUUCAUCAACAAGUCGUGCCUCGGCUGUAUGCCGCGCAACGACUGGUCGCGGGUCGCCGUGCCGCCGGAUGUCAACGUCCUCAGUGUCUACAACAACAUUUUGGGCACCGUGGCGCCAACGCUUGCCGGCGUCACAAGCGGUGUGCAAUAUGGCACGCACAACAUGGUCCACGCGGUGCUAAACGCUGUCAUGGGAACGUUUGCGUCGCCGGCCGAUCCGGUCUUUUACACCCACCACGCCAUGGCGGACGCACUGCACACCAUCUACUACAACUGCGUCGUGGCGAGCAAGCCGCCGAUCAACAAGGGCGCCGAUGCGCGAACGUGGAGCUCGUGUCGCAACCUCAUGGGCCGUACGAUCCUACCGACAGAUGUCAUCGCGAUGAAAGGGGGCAACUCUGGAACGCAGCCGGCAUCGGUGUGGUUGUCGUCCCACCCGCUGAACCCGUACUUCGCGGGCAUCCCAAAGCUCUACACGGGCUACACGGACACAACGAAGAUUGGCGCAAACUCGUACACGUACAACUUUACGGGCACCAUGCUGGACAAGAUAAACAAGCAGUGCACUCAGUUCCAACCCUCGGUGACGUCGUUCCUGUACGAACCAAACGAGGCGUCGACGUCAACCGAAGUUUCCACCGAGAUCUCAUGGCUCCAGGACGCGACACGGCUUGCGGCCCAGUUCUACACAGACCCGAAGGACGUCAACCUCCAAGUCCAGAUGAUGUUGUGCGUCUACUACAACGAGUGCCUCGGCGGAGUCUUCGACUACUCGGACGAAUUCAAGACCAGUUUUCAUGCGACGGGCAAGCCGCCUUGCAAGAGCAUCAUCGACGACCUCGCGCGGGGCGAUGUCGUGAUUGGCGUAGAAGGCUGGGAAUCGUUGCUUCUCAAACGGUACUCAUGUAACAGCCCGUCCAUGAUGUUUUAG